GCCAACCUGACUCGACAGCGCUACCGCCGGCCGCAAGCAAGCAGCUAAAUUUUGGUCCACGAAAAGCAAACACGGUUUGACCGGUACGGUGCACUCCUUAUCAGUUUGUCGUUUGUCGUGAGCGUUCGCAUAUUGGGUUAUCUUCGUUCUACUGUAAAAUAGCAAAGAAAAAGUGAAAAAAUGGCAUGCACCACAGUUCCGAAUGCGAUUUUUAAGAACGGCAACAGCAUCCCGAUGAUCGGUUUGGGUACCUGGAAUUCACCACCGGGACAGGUCGCGCAAGCGGUGGAGGAUGCGAUCGACAUCGGCUACCGGCACAUCGACUGUGCCCACGCCUACCAAAAUGAGCACGAAGUAGGCGAGGGUAUUGCAGCAAAGAUUGCCGAAGGUGUCGUGAAACGGGAAGAUCUGUUUGUGACGAGCAAACUGUGGAACACGUUCCAUCGACCGGAUCUGGUUGAGGGUGCUUGCCGCACUACGCUCACCAACCUAAAGCUGGACUACUUGGAUCUCUAUCUCAUUCACUGGCCGGUCGGGUACAAGGAAGGACCGGAACUGUUUCCCAUGGGCCCCGACGGCAAGACGUUUGUGUUUUCCGAGGCCGACUAUGUCGAUACCUGGCCGCAGAUGGAGAAGCUCGUUGAUGCCGGGCUAGUGCGCAACAUUGGGCUUUCGAAUUUUAACACAAAACAGGUGCAACGGGUGCUGGAUAUCGCUCGGAUUGUUCCGGUCACCAAUCAAAUCGAGUGUCAUCCAUAUCUGCACCAAUCCAAGAUUACGUCCUUCUGUGGCACAAACGGAUUGAUCGUGACGGCAUACAGUCCGCUCGGUUCACCGGCCCGUCCCUGGGUGAAGGCAGACGAUCCGGUACUGAUGGAUGAUGCCGUGGUUGGCCAGCUGGCAAAGAAGUACGGCAAAACGACGGCCCAGAUCCUGAUCCGCUACCAGAUUCAACUGGGACACGUGGUGAUUCCAAAGUCCGUCACCAAGGAGCGUAUCGCUUCCAACUUUGAUGUUUUCAGCUUCCAGCUGAACGAAACCGACAUGCAGCAGCUAGCGGUACUCGAGCGUAAUGGGCGCAUCUGUCCGGAAUCGAGCGCUUACGGCCAUCCGCAUCAUCCGUUUGAGAAGGAGGAAUGAAGCUGGUGGUGUUAUCGAUCCGUGCUUGGUACAAUAAAUAACGCGCCAAUUGGCUCAUGAACAU